GACCGGAAGUAGAUGGUCGCCGCUGACGGAACACGCCGAGCAGCUCUCUCUCGCCAGUUGAAGUCGCCGCCGCAACGAAGGGAGGCGAACGGGCGGAGGAGACAUCAUUAAUGAAUUGUUUGGCUCUUCAAAUAUCUUUCCCUCGGACGCAAGGAGGAUUUUUAACCCGACACAAAUCCCCGCUGGCUUAGAAGAAACGCCGUGCCAUUUUUUGGGGGAGGGGGGAGUCGAAACCCUUUUAUUUCUUCUGAAACAGAUCGAUUGCCUGUCAUUAAAAAAAAAAGGGCGUGUGUGCGGAGCGAAGGCUGUUUUAACCAUUUAAUGUGGGUAUAUAUGGUAUUUUAGGUCUUUUUUUUAACACCUACCUGGGUCUUGAAGGACACAGUCGAGGAUGGGAUGCACACUGAGCACGGAGGACAAGGCGGCGGUGGAGCGCAGCAAGAUGAUCGACAGGAAUCUGCGGGACGACGGGGAGAAGGCGGCCAGGGAGGUCAAGCUGCUGCUGCUCGGUGCCGGCGAAUCGGGGAAGAGUACAAUCGUCAAGCAGAUGAAGAUCAUCCACGAGGCCGGCUACUCAGAAGAGGAAUGUAAGCAGUACAAGGCGGUGGUCUACAGCAACACCAUCCAGUCCAUCAUCGCCAUCAUCAGAGCCAUGGGGCGCCUCAAGAUCGACUUCGGCGACGCCGCAAGAGCUGACGAUGCGCGACAGCUGUUUGUGCUGGCGGGCUCAGCGGAGGAAGGCUUCAUGACGGGAGAGCUGGCCGGCGUCAUCAAGCGACUGUGGAAGGACGGAGGUGUUCAAGCCUGCUUCAGCCGCUCCCGCGAAUAUCAGCUCAACGACUCGGCGGCAUACUACUUGAACGAUCUGGACAGGAUAUCCCAGGCCACCUACAUCCCAACCCAGCAGGAUGUCCUGAGGACUCGAGUCAAAACCACAGGCAUCGUGGAGACCCACUUCACAUUCAAGGACCUGCACUUCAAAAUGUUUGACGUUGGCGGGCAGCGGUCUGAGAGGAAGAAGUGGAUCCAUUGCUUCGAGGGUGUGACCGCCAUCAUCUUCUGCGUGGCCCUCAGUGACUACGACCUGGUGCUGGCUGAGGACGAGGAGAUGAACCGGAUGCACGAGAGUAUGAAGCUGUUCGACAGCAUCUGCAACAACAAGUGGUUCACGGACACCUCCAUCAUCCUCUUCCUUAACAAGAAGGACCUGUUUGAGGAGAAGAUCAAGAAGAGCCCUCUGACCAUCUGCUACCCAGAAUACGCCGGCUCCAACACGUACGAGGAAGCCGCCGCCUACAUCCAGUGUCAGUUUGAGGACCUGAACAAGAGGAAGGACACCAAGGAGAUUUACACCCACUUCACCUGCGCCACGGACACCAAGAAUGUGCAGUUUGUCUUCGACGCCGUCACCGACGUCAUCAUCAAGAACAACCUGAAAGACUGCGGCCUCUUCUGAGGAGAAUGGCAACGAAGAUGACCUUUUACAUUUUAUUUUCUCUUGGAGGCGGAGCCAGAUUUAUUGUGCAUCUUUGGUGGGGAAGAUGAGAAGAGUCGGGAGGAUCAGUCACGGACCAGUGCUGUACUAUAUGCCACUUUUAACAGCUUUAUUUAUGUUUUUUUUUUUUUUUUUGUCUUCGGGACAUUUUGAACUAGCGUUACGUCAUUUGUGUAAGAUGUUUGUAUCAUUGUAAAAGCGUCGCCGCAAAAAAGAAAAAGAAAAAAGAAGGAACAAAUAUAUAUUUUUGUUUUCGUUUUUUUAAUUUUUUCGAGGAAGAGGAGGAAUUCAUGUUUUUGCUGUUCCUUCUGCAGCCGCCUCUGGAAAAGGACGCUUUGUUGUUGGUGGAAAUGCUUCUUUUCUUCCUUCCCUUCAACAACAAAGGGAAGAAAAGGGGUCCGACUUUGAGUCCAGUCUGUUGGUACUUGUGCCUUCGCAUGCCUUUUACUGCGGCCGUGGUCCCAAUGCUUGUUCUGUUGCCUGCUGAAUUGUUCUAAACAUUAAGAGGUCAACUGUUUUCAUAUGUUAGUCCCUGCUAUCUUUACCUGUGCACACCACUGAGCUAUCGGGAGGAGGAAGAGUCUGGUCUGCAGAUACAUGGGUCUCCAUGGUGACCGACAUGUAGCCUCCACAGUCGUCGUCGUCGUCGUCGUCGUCGUCGUCGUCGUCCCCCCCACCAGCCAUGACAAUGGAGGGCCUCUCUGGCCCGAUCACGCAGUACAAUACUGAGAUGUAUAUUGUUACAUGUGCCCCGCAGAUCUGGGGUUCUGGUUUUUAAACUGUACAAAAUAUCCAUUCUUCCCAAUCAUUCGGAAAAAUGGUUAGUUUAGGCCUCGAGCUCACAAUACGCUGGAGUGUUUAUAGUACAAAGACCAGGGUAGGCACGUUUUAUUGUGUAUUUUAAUGUAUUUGGAGGAGAGGUUUCGGUGUUGAGGAGAGGGGGGGGGGGAACUACAGAAAAAGAAGGUUGAAAAGAGGACGAGGUCUGGAAUGUUUUAAGGUUCAGACCUGGGUCCCGCUCGAGGAUCCACAAAGCCUUUUUCAGUCGGGUGAUGGAAAGGGAGGCGGUCGAGCGAGCCAAGAGGAGAGACAGAUAUGGUCCUGGAUCUGUUCAUAUAAAGAAACUGCCACAAUUGUCAAUGUGUGUGUGUGUGUAUGUUCUCCGCGGACGGAGAACCUUUGUAGACUCAUCUCCCUUAUUUUGCUAAUAAAAACCAUUUACAAACCG